GGGAGGUGGUCACGCUUUGGGGUAUAAACAGCAAACUACCGCCGCCCUCCGUUUGAGCAACUUUUGUGGCCUGCACGUCCCUCUGCGUGCGUCCCGCUCCAAGUGCGUAGCCCUUUGCAGCCUGGUCCUCUCCGUUAGCCACUGCUGCUAAAGAACAAACCACAGCGGUCAUGGCACCUGUCCGGACCGCAGUUCUGGCGCUCAUCGUCGCGUCUGUACUUUUACAAACGGCGACAGCAGGCAACAUCAACGACACGAUAUAUGUGGUGACUGUGAGCUCUCGAGUGAAAGCGGCCGCUCCACAGACCUUAUGCACCCAGGUGCAUGGGCCCUCUGAGCCAGUGGUCCUGACUGUGGCUCUGGUGCUGGAGUCCAGCAGCAGCACUCUGUUAGAGGAGACCAUUGAGAAGGACUUCUACCGCUGUAUUACCUUUCAGGCCCCAGUUGUUCCCAGAAGUACAGUAGCAUCUGUUAACGUCACUAUCCAGGGGGAGAGCGGCACGCUGAGUAAAAAGACCAAAAUAAUGAUCGAACCUGCUACUUUUAUUCACAUCAUUCAGUCCGACAAACCCAUCUACAAACCAGGCCAGACUGUGAAAUUCAGAAUCACCUCUCUGGAUGCCAACUUUAUUCCUGUGAAAAGAGUGUAUAAAGUGAUCGAGCUCGAGGAUCCCAGUACAAAUCGCAUUGCUCAGUGGUUAGAUAAGACCAUUGAUGGGGGCAUCCUGGAUCUUUCACACCCAAUAAUCCCUGAAGCAGCACAGGGGACCUACACCAUUACUGCCACUACUGAGCAGGGAGAGCAAGUACAGCACAACUUUGACAUCAAGGAAUACGUUUUGCCCAAAUAUGAAGUGAAAGUCCAGCUGCCAAACGUGAUCACGAUAUUGGAUACAGAAGCCAACUUUAAAGUCUGUGGAAAGUACACUUACGGAAAACCAGUGGUGGGUUCUGUUAAAGCAGUGUUCUGUAGAAGAGCAUUUCGAGGGUAUUGGUAUGCCAGAAACAACCAGGAUGUGUGCAAGACCUUCCAGCUCACAACGGACAAAAGCGGUUGCACUUCUCAAACUGUGAAUCUUUCUGAGUUUUUCCUGAAUAAGAGUGGGUAUCAUGACAACUUUCAACUCGAGGCAGAAUUGCAGGAAUUUGGCACUGGAGUUACACUCAGAGGCAGUGCUCGGACCAGCUUCACCAAUGACAUCAGAACAGUCACUUUUGAAGAUGAACCUGCAGCAUACAAGUCCGGCAUCGCGUUUGAAGGAAAAGUGAAAGUGGUUGGUCCUGAUUCUAAGCCUGUUGCUAAUGAGAAGGUUUAUGUGACCAUUGGUAAAUACUCAGAAAACGUCACACUCACCACAGACCAGAAAGGCAUGGCCUCCUUUUCCCUGGACACAUCCCUCUGGAAGGACUCUGUCACUGUCCAUGCAUCCUGCUUAGAGCCAGGAACUAAGGAGACCUAUGUCCCCAAUGUACGUUCUCCAGAGUACCGUUAUGCUGUCCGUGCAGUCACAGCUUUUUACUCCAAAAGCAGCAGUUUUCUGAAAAUCAAGCUAAACGAAGGCAAGUUUCGCUGCAACAAAGAGGCCACAGUCCGAGCUGAGUACAUUAUCCAAGGAAAGGAGCUGAAGGAUGGGCAGGAAAGCCUUGACUUCUUUUACCUGGUGAUGUCCAAAGGCUCAAUUGUCCAGCAUGACCGUAUAUCUGAGGCUGUUAAAAAAGAUAUGGUGAACAAAGGGGUGUUGACCAUACCCUUGCGUCAGGUGGUCAAGUUGGCACCCAUGGCUCAGGUGCUCGUGUAUACAGUGAUGCCCAGUGGAGAGGCUGUGGCGGACAGUAAGGACUUCCCUGUUCAGCUGUGUCUCAGUAACAAGGUUUCCCUGAAGUUUGCAUCUCUUCAGCAGCUUCCAGCAGAGAAGACCACCCUGACAUUGCAGGCUCAUCCCAACUCUCUGUGCUCAGUCCGAGCCAUUGACCAAAGUGUCCUCCUGCUCAAGUCUGGAGUAGAGCUCACUGUGGACUAUGUGUACGACCAGCUGCCCUUCCAGAAGCUGUCUGGUUAUCCAUAUGAGGCAGAGGACCAUGAGCCGUACCCGUGUUUCCCAGUGCCCAUGCCGGAAGUGCUGGGGGACCCAGAGAUUGAGGUGCCGGUGCAGGGAGACAGACGCAGGAAACGUUCCUCAUAUUUUGGACCUGUCCAUCACAAGGAUGAUGUCUACAGCAUCUUUAAAGAAAUAGGAAUCAAGAUUGUGACCAACUCUGAUGUGAAGAAACCCUAUAACUGCCACGACCGACUGUACGAUAUGUUCUACGAUGGUACAUACGAUUAUGAUGAAAAUGCAGCUUCACAGGUGGACUUAGUGAUAGAAGUGAAACAGAGCAAAGAGACCACAGAGACCAAAGAGACCUCAGAGACCAAAGAGACCAUUAGAACAUACUUCCCCGAAACCUGGAUUUGGGAGCUGGUCUCAGUCGGCCCCAGUGGCUCGGUGAAUGUGGAGAAAACUGUCCCAGACACCAUUACUAAAUGGGCAGCAAAUGCGUUCUGUGUGUCCUCGGUGGGACUUGGCAUCGCCCCAAACACAGCCCUAACUGCUUUCCAACCAUUCUUCGUGAGUCUCACUUUGCCCUACUCCGUCAUCAGAGGAGAGGUGUUUACGCUGAAAGCCACUGUCUUCAACUACCUCUCCAAGUGCAUCAUGGUGAAGGUGACAUUGGCUGAAUCAGACCACUUCACCUUUAAGCCCUGUGACAGUUGCCAGUACACUGUGUGUCUGUGCGGCGAGGAGAGCUCCACCUUCUCCUGGGUCGUCACGCCAACCACUCUGGGUGAGGUGAGCCUGCGGGUCAGUGCAGAGGCCCUAAAGACUGACCUCCUGUGUGGGAACGAGGUUGCCACUGUCCCCGAGAUGGGCCAGAUCGAUACGGUGGUCCGCACACUACUGGUGCAGGCUGAAGGAACACCACAGAUGGUGAGCCACAAUGCACUGUUGUGUCCUGCAGAGGGUCCAGUGGAGAAGAAAAUCUCCCUCCUGAUGCCUGAGAUGUUUGUUGCUGGAUCAGCUCGAGCCACAGUCUCCGUUCUGGGUGAUCUAAUGGGGAGAGCCAUGAAGAACCUGGACAAAUUGCUGGCCAUGCCGUACGGCUGUGGGGAGCAGAACAUGGUGCUGUUUGCCCCAAACAUUUUCAUCCUGAACUAUCUGAAGAGCACAGGACAACUCACCAAGGAUAUACUGGACAGAGCUACUGAAUUCCUACAGUCAGGAUAUCAGAGGGAACUCACCUACAAACAUGAUGAUGGUUCAUACAGUGCCUUUGGAAAGUCUGACCAGUCUGGAAACACAUGGCUGACCACAUUUGUGAUGAAAUCCUUUGGAGGAGCUCGGCCAUACAUUUUUGUCCAACCAAAGCACAUUGACGAGGCAAAGAACUGGCUCGCACGUCACCAGAGGCCAAAUGGGUGCAUCACGUCUGUCGGCAAACUUUUUCAUAAUGGCAUGAAGGGGGGAGUGAGUGAUGAUGUGUCCCUCACAGCUUACAUCACAGCUGCACUUCUGGAGCUGGAUAUAGGUGUGACCGACCCCAUGGUGCAGAACUGUCUCGUGUGCCUAAGGGGGGCACUAGCAGGUCAAAUGGAUAACCUGUACACCACUGCUCUGCUAUCCUACACCUUUACUCUGGCAGGAGACCAGGAAACCAGGACCAAACUCAUCACAUACCUGCACCAGAAAUCCAAAAUGGAAGGUGGGACACGGUACUGGGACAGGGCAGGUGCGCCAGAUAAAGGCCUGGACUCUCUGGAGGUGGAGAUGACUUCAUAUGUUCUUCUGGCUCUGCUCUCUGGACCUGCUCUACCAGAGUUUGGUCUGGACUAUGGUUCCAGUAUCGUCCGCUGGCUCGCACAGAAACAGAACCCCUAUGGUGGAUUCUCCUCUACACAGGACACUGUGGUGGCUCUCCAAGCACUGGCCAAGUAUGCCGCUGCCACCUACAGUGAGCAGGGCAGUACUGCAGUGAAGGUGACAUCAUUAGGAGGCCUGAGCACAGACUUCACUGUGGAUCAGUCCAAUCGACUUCUGUACCAGGAGGAGAACCUGCCCGAGGUGCCCGGGGAGUACACGGUCAGGGCAGAGGGACAGGGCUGUGUACUAGCUCAGAUUUCUAUGCACUACAACAUCCCUCCUCCCCCGGACUUCUCUGCAUUCAACAUUUCCACCUCCACUAUGUCCAAAUGUAAUGUCAGCAGACCACAGCUCAUCCUCUUUGUGCAUGUCAGAUAUCAGGGCCGCAGGGAGGAAACCAACAUGGUCAUUAUUAACAUCAAACUUUUGUCUGGAUAUGUCCUGGACAAGAGCUCUCUGGACAUGAUGAAGGGUGACCAGUCCGUGAAGCGAGUGGAUGUAGACAAUGGAUUCAUUAACAUUUAUUUAGACGGGCUGAGACAGGACAAGAUGCGGAUUUACAGUGUGACAAUUGAGCAGGAUCAGGCUGUGAGGAACCUCAAACCUGCAGUGGUUAAAGUCUAUGAUUACUACCAGACGAGUGAUGAAGCAGUCACUGAAUACACGUCCCCUUGUGCAGAAAGUGACAGUGUGAAUGAAUUGUAAUGUGCAAGGAAAAAUCUUCACAUUCCACAAACUGGGAUAAUCACUGUCAACAACAUCUCAUCUCAAAUGUGUUUUACUUUGUCAUUUUUAAUUUGAAAGAUGUCUUUUUUUAUAUUUGCCCUCACUUUUAAUGUUUUUGUAGUAUAUUUUUGUGUCUUGAUUGAUCUAAACACAUUUUUGUCAAGUUAAACCUGCUCCUUCAACAUUGACACUUCAACACCUCAACAUCAUAUAUUUUUAACCUGUUAAAAGAAAAAGAAAACACAGCUGUAUUUCAGUAACAGUUUUAAUAGAUUUCAUCAAAUCAGUUUUUCUUUGUGUGAAAGUGACGCUCGACAAAUACAA